AUUAAUUUAACAGCAGGCGCUUCGGUUGGCGAAGCAGGUUCCGGAAGUUUCGGUGGGAGUGCGACAGCCGUGUCUGGUGGAGCUAUACGUCAGUCGUCAGGCAACUUGGGCGUCGAAACCGACGGACCCACUCGCGCGUCUGGAAGUGUUCUCGUUGCGAGCGGCGCAGCGUUAGGAACGGACUCUGGGAUGAUACGCUUUUCAACUGGCGAUGCCAGCUCAAGUAGCGCCGAUAGUGACCUCAUCAUACAUGCAGGCGGGGCAGAAGACACGAACGCCGUCGGUGGCUUCAUUGCCGCAGUAGCAGGUAGAUCUUCCAACGCGGUCGGUGGUCCAGUUGAAGCCCGGAGCGGCGUCGGUUCAACAAGCGGCAAUAUUACUCUACUCACUGCCAACAAAUGCGUACCCUCUACCUCGAGUGGAAAACUCUUACUCGCCACCGGAAUUGCCACCGUAAGAAGUACUGGAGAGGUCCUGGCACGUGUAGGUGAAGCUCAAGCGACAUCUGCCGGUGUAAACUGCCGCGCCGGCCACGCUGUUGCAGGGUCUGAUAUCGUCACUAGCGGGAGCGUCAUUCUGGCCACGGGCCCAACCGCGGCAUCGUUUACUGCUGGUGCCAUUAACUUGACUGCUGGUAACGGUGGUGCGAGGGGAGGCGAUCUUUCAAUCGCCGCAGCAUUAUCAACCAUGCAAGAUGUUGAGGGGGGGAACGUGGUAGCCACGGGCGGCGGUGCGGAUAGCGGCGGUACCGUGGCCCUCGCAACUGGUCUCGGUCUUCUUGGUACAUCUGGGCUCGCUUGUCUUAGAACAGCUGACGUCGUGGAGGGGGGCACCGAUGCGACAGGGAAACUCGCCUUUGUCACGGGAAACGCAGCGUCAGGCAUUGUAGGAACUGUGGAAUUCAUCACGGGAAACUCAAAACCAACCGAAUCAAGUUUGGCUCGGGGUAUCACGCUUUCUGCGGGUAGCGCCAAGCAUGGGCAGGCAACAAAUGCUAUAGUUGCGGACGGUGGAAGUUCGGACAAUUCAGCAAGUGGCGUCUGCUUACAGGGUGGCACGGCCAAGGACAGCGGAAUGAUUAAGGUCAUGUCCAACACUGCAGUCAACUCUGGAAACGUCACAUGGCUGUCUGGACACUCGACUUCCGGGGAAUUCAGUGGUGCGGUUCGGCUCGUGACCGGCACUUCAGACUCGCCAGGCGGCGGUGCUGUGGGCCUUGCUGCUGGAGAUGCAAAAGUUGGUGGAAGCGUGUCUGCUAUGGCCGGUAUCGGAGACCAGGGUGGUCGGGUAGUGGGCUCCGCUGGUGGUGCCGGUUUUUUUGGCGGAAAUAUGAUAAUGAGCGGCGGCAGUGCCACGAAUGGG